AAUGUGACGUCAUGCGUGUCCUCUCGUCUGAAGCCCCCCAGAGGUUUGAUUACGUUGUGGGAGCCGCGCGCGCUCUGCCUGUACAACAUGACACGCGCUUGAAUUAACAUGUAUUUAUAUGUGCACAUGACAGCAGGCGUGCGUGCAUACAUGUUCGGCAGAAAAAGAAGACUCCCUUUCCUCUAAGCAAAAUGCCUUCUGGGAUUUUUCCUCAGCAAAACUGACGUCUACCACAUUCCAAAAUCAGAACAUCAGGAAGAAAAGUUUUUUUUAAAGAUAAAAUCUGCCUAACUGUGGCAAACCUGCCGCCGUCGUCUCCAGAAACAUCUCGCCGACCGUCCCGCAGGACGACCGCCUAUCAUGAGAUUCCGAAUUUACAAGCGUAAGGUGAUUAUACUGACUGUAGUUGUCAUCAUCUGUGGAUUUGGCGUGUGGAACAGCGGGAAGCCAAAGAAGGCGGAUGACAUUUUUCCUAAGGAGGCGGAGACGGUGAAACGGAGCGGCAGUCAGGUACCGGCCACGCUACCGGUCACACGGAAACCAGUCAACGAGACGCUUCCGGAAAAACAACCUGUCGCCAAGUCUGAAGUAGACAACACAACUCUGGUGUACAGAGGAAUCGUGUUUCAGCUCAACUUCGACCAGACCCUCAGAAACGAGGAGAAGUUUCGCUCGAUCCGACAGAAAGACGACCUGGUUGUCGUCGUUCAAGUCCACAACCGUCCCGAAUACCUCCGACUGCUCGUGGACAGUCUGAGGAGAGCGAAAGGCAUCGAAAACGUCUUUCUCAUAUUCAGCCACGACUUCUGGACGCCGGAGAUCAACCAAAUAGUCACGUCCAUCGACUUCUGCCUUGUCCUUCAGAUAUUCUUCCCUUUCAGCAUCCAGCUCUAUCCUCAAGAGUUCCCAGGGAACGAUCCUAGAGACUGUCCCAGGGACAUUCCCAAAAAAGAUGCUUUAGCGCUGGGAUGCAUCAACGCCGAGUACCCCGACUCUUUCGGCCACUAUCGGGAAGCCAAGUUCUCGCAGACCAAACACCACUGGUGGUGGAAGCUGCAUUUCGUUUGGGACAGAGUCCGAGCGCUGAAAGACCACCGCGGGCUCGUGUUGCUCAUCGAGGAAGACCACUACCUCGCUCCCGAUUUCUAUCACCUUCUCAAGCUCAUGGUCUCUUUAAAGAAGGAACAGUGUCCCGACUGCGACAUCCUCUCCCUGGGCGGCUACGGACACGUCGGAUAUUCCAGCAAAGCCAACAAGGUGGAGGUGAAGGCCUGGAAGUCUACCGAGCACAACAUGGGCAUGGCGCUAAAUAGAGACACCUAUCAGAAACUGCUCAGGUGCACGGAUGCGUUCUGCACCUACGACGACUACAAUUGGGAUUGGUCGUUGCAGCACCUCACCGUCAGCUGUCUGCCCACCUUCCUGAAGGUCAUGGUCAGCGAGGCGCCUCGCGUUUUCCACGCAGGCGACUGCGGCAUGCACCACAAAAAGUCGGCUUGCAUGCCGAGCAGCCAGAAGACAAAAUUCGACAACAUUCUGCAGAGCAGCGGGAACCAACUGUUCCCAAAACAGCUGCUCAUCACAAAGAGACUCCCUGCGUCUGGGGCCAAAGGUGUUGCCCCGCACGUGAAAAACGGAGGUUGGGGAGACAUCAGGGACCACGAGCUCUGCAAGAGCUAUUUGCGAUUACAAUAACUUGAUCCUUUUUUUGUGUUUUUGCAUCCCCUAAUGAAAGCCUUUAAACAUCUUUAUGGACUCUUUCUUCGUAUUGCCUGUUUUAUUGAAAUAUUCCAAAUAAAAAAGUAUGUGACGUUUGGA